AUGUUAAACAUUACUAGUAGACAUAAACGCAAAUUAAAAUCAGUUGCCAUAUGCGAACAAAAACCUGCGGCUAGGAGUUCCAAAGUUAUAUAUGAUACAACUCAUGAAUGCAAGAAAAAUUCGCUUGUAUUAUUUCCGCGUCUUGUUGAAGCUGAAACUACUGUCAAACUGUCCCUGGAGAGAUGUGAACCUAUUCUUGUUGUGGGUCCUGUUGGCUGUGGAAAGUCAUCAUUUGCUAAUAAACUUGCCAAAGAAUAUUGUGAUGUAGUGCGUACUAUUCAGAUAAGUGAGCAUACAGAUGCAAAGACUCUUUUAGGAGCUUACUGUUGUACUGAAACACCAGGACAGUUUAUAUGGCGUCCAGGUCCCUUAGUUUCAGCAAUAGAACAAGGUCAUGGAUUAGUCCUGGAAGAUAUUGAUCAUGGCUCUCCUGAAUUACAACUGUUAAUUACAUCUAUAUUACGAAAGUUAAAAGAUUAUUCAAUCAAUUCAAAUAAUGAUAUACUGUUGGAUCCUGUUACUGGUAAUCCAGUCUCAGAUCAUCCUAAUUUCCGCUUGUUUAUGACCAGACGUCUUAUUCCAUGUUAUGGUGGAGAUUUUCGCCAAGAAGCUGGAAAUGCAUUGGCUGAAUUUCUGGAUCGUUAUUGUUUUGUAGUAUCACUGCCGAAUUUUUCUAAAGAUGAAAUAAACCUACUUAUUAGUCACCAAUAUCCAACACUUAUUCCUUUUAUUGAUCGUAUCAUGAAUAUUUAUACAUUUAUUGUUGAAUCCUCAUAUCAAAAUGAUAGUACUACUACUACUACUAUUACUGUACAGAGUACUUUAAAUUCAACCAGACUACGAGUAGUAUCAGUUAGAGAUUUGUUAAAAUUUUGUUCACGUAUAUCAUCACUAACUGAAAAAGAAAAUUUCUCUGAAUUAUUAUUGUUAAAUGCUGUGGAUUGUUUCUUAUGUUCCAUGUGUAAUUGUAUAAGACAACUUGAAUUAGCUUGUCGAUUAGCUGGUGAAUUAAAUUUAUCCGUGGAAAAUGCAAGAAAUAUUUUAUGUUGUCGAUCAGUUGAAAUUAGCUUACAUCCUCAACAAAGUAUUUUAAAAGCUGGUCGUACUAUUCUACCAUGUCGAAGAACUCCAGAAUGGGAAAUUAAAGUGUCUGGCGGGAAUUCUAUGCUUCAAAGUUCCAAUGAUUUCAUUUGGCCAUUUGCUUCCACACGUUUAUCAUCUUCUCUAUUGGAACGAUUAGCUGUUGCUGUACAACACAAAGAACCUGUACUACUUGUCGGUGAAACAGGAACUGGUAAAACAUCUACAAUUCAACGACUUGCCUAUCUCACCGGUCAUCGUUUAAGAGUGAUCAAUUUGAAUCAACAAUCGGAUAGUGUUGAUCUCAUGGGAGGAUUUAAACCUGUAGAUUUUCAAAUUUUCGUUCGACCAUUACGUGAAAAAUUCGAAUCACUUUUUACGUGUACAUUUAAAUUAGAUAAUAAUUUAACUUUUCUUGGACAUGUCAAUACUUGUUUUCAAUCUGAACGUUGGCUUGAUUUAAUCACUUUAAUGCGUCAUCCAGCUCGUGUAGCAGUUCAACGUGAUUCAUCACCGGUAGACACCUCUGAAUGGAUUAAAUUUCUGCGGGAUUUAACAAUUUUAGAAAAACGUUUAGAAAAUAUAACAAAAUCAAAUAAACCUAGCUUAGGAUUUGCUUUUAUUGAAGGUGCACUUGUUCGUGCAGUACAAGAUGGUGAUUGGAUUUUAUUAGAUGAAAUUAAUUUAGCACCAGCUGAAAUGCUAGAUUCACUAAGUGGUCUAUUAGAUUCGGAAUAUGGUAGUCUUGUUUUGACAGAACGUGGUGACACUGAACCAUUGAAACGUCAUUCCGAUUUUCAUUUAUUCGCUGCAAUGAAUCCAGCUACUGAUGUUGGUAAACGUGAAUUACCUGUUGGAUUGCGUAAUCGUUUCACAGAAUUCUAUAUUCCUGAAUUAGAUCCUGGUAUUGAUGUGAAUAAAUCGGAAACAUUAAUGAUGGUGAAUUUAGAUUCUACACGUCAUUUGGAAAUGUUACGCUCAAAUAAUUGUGAAGAUUUAAUUAUUUUAGCUCGUUCUUAUCUAAUUGCAUUAAAUCCAACUCCAUCACAAUUAUCAACUAUUGUACGUUUGUAUUCAGCAUUAAGACAAGCUGCUCUGGAAGGUUUAGUGGAUGGUGUAGGUCAAAGGCCACAUUUUAGUCUUCGAACAUUGUGUCGAGCUUUGAUUGAAGCUGGUCGUGGUUAUCAUGGAAGUAUUUUACGUUCCUUGUAUGAAGGUUUACUUUUCAGUUUCGGUUCACAAAUCUGUCGAACAUCACGUCCAAUUUUAGAUAAUUUAAUUCAACGUUAUUUAUGCACUGGUUGGAAUAAAGAUUUGUCAUCUUUAAUACAUUUACUGAACACACCAUUGCCUAUACCUCAAUUAAACAAUGUUCUAGUUAGUAUUAAUGAUAACGCUAAAAAUUCAACUAAUCAAUGUUCCACAGAUUAUUUUGUCAAUGUUGAAGGAUAUUGGUUACCGAAAGGUUCACAACAACCAAUAUCGAUUGAGAAUAAAGAUGAAUUACCUGGGAAUUAUAUUUUAACACCAAGUGUUCAAUUGAAUUUAAAAGAUUUAGCACGUGUUGUCUCUGCAGGUGGUGGUCUUCCAGUUUUAUUACAAGGUGAAACAUCUGUUGGUAAAACAUCACUUAUAACAUAUUUAGCUAAACGUGUUGGUCAAGUCUGUUUUCGUAUUAAUAAUCAUGAACAUACAGAUCAACAAACCUAUUUAGGAACAUAUACAGUUGCAUCAGCUGCAUGUACAACAACCACAAAUACUGAUAAUCAUGAUAAAACAUUGAAUAAAACAUGUACACCGCUAGUUUUCAAAGAUGGUCUAUUAGUAAAAGCUAUGCGUCACGGUUAUUGGAUAAUAUUAGAUGAAUUGAAUUUAGCACCAACAGAAAUAUUGGAAGCUUUAAAUAGGGUUUUAGAUGACAAUCGUUCUGUAUUUAUCACUGAAACACAAGAAACAGUGAAAGCACAUCCACAUUUUCGAUUAUUUGCUACACAAAAUCCACCAGGUCUUUAUGCUGGUCGAAAGAUGCUUUCACGUGCAUUGCGUAAUCGUUUCAUUGAAUUGCAUUUUGAUACAAUACCUCGUGAUGAAUUGGUAAUCAUUUUAGAGAAAAAGUGUUUACUACCGUCUAGCAGGGCACAACGUCUUGUUGAAGUAAUGCAUCGUCUUCAGCUUGCUCGUUGUAGUUCAAAUUUAUUUCAAGGUAAAGAUAGUUUUAUUACACUGCGUGAUUUAUUCCGUUGGGCUGAACGUUAUCGAUUAGCUACAUGUGAUAAAUUGACAAUGAAACAAACUACUACUACGACUACUACUACUACUAAUCAGAAAAUCACUGAACCACAAACCGUCUUUUUCGAUUGGGAUGCAUAUCUCGCUGAUCAAGGUUAUUUAUUAUUAGCUGGUCGUGUACGUAAUCCAGCAGAAGUGCAAAUUGUUGCCGAUGUUAUUGAAAGUGUUUUUAAACGUAAAGUCACUGAAUCACGAUUAUUUGAUUUCAAUGAAAGUACAUCACCGGUUGUUUAUGAAUUUCUACAACCUGUUCUAUCCAAUGAAAAAAUUCAUUCUAUUACUGGUGGUGAUGAUGAUGAUGAUAACUUUAAGCAUAUUGUUUGGACAAAAGAUUUACGACGUUUAUUAGUUCUUAUUGGUAAUGCAUUGAAAUAUGAAGAGCCAAUAUUAUUGGUUGGUGAAACAGGUUGUGGUAAAACAACAAUUUGUCAAUUGAUUGCUGCAUUGCAUAAUCAACGCUUGCAUUGUGUAAAUUGUCAUCAAUGCACUGAAGCUUCAGAUUUUCUAGGUGGACUACGUCCAGUUCGACAUUCAUCAGAAUCAAAUGAAGGCGAAUCCACUCAAAAUGAUUGUCGUCUAUUCGAAUGGAUUAAUGGUCCAUUAGUCACUGCCAUGUUAAAUGGUGAUCUAUUUCUAUUGGAUGAAAUUUCGCUAGCUGAUGAUGCCGUGCUGGAACGAUUGAAUAGUUUACUGGAACCGGAACGACAAUUACAUUUAACUGAAUGUACAGAAGAAUUUAUUAUCAUGGGGAAUAAUAAUCAUCAUGAUGACGUCGACGACGAAGGCACUGACGGUGGUACAUUAACGACACCAACCGCAACCACAACAACACAUACACAAUUGUUAACAGCUCAUCCUAAGUUUCGUUUUAUUGCUACAAUGAAUCCAGGUGGUGAUUAUGGUAAGAAAGAAUUAUCACCAGCAUUACGUAAUCGAUUCACUGAAAUUUGGUGUCCAUCACCAGCGAUAUUUAUGAGCAAUGACUUGCCUUUAUCGGGCUGCGGCGGCAACACCAGCACCAGCACCGCCACCACUACAUCAUUCAAUGAUUGUCAACAAAUUAUCAUGCAUAAUUUACAAUUGAAAAUGUCUAGUUAUUUUCAAGGACUGACUACUACUACUGUUGAUGAUGAUGAGUUUGUGCAAGAAUUUUCACAAAAAAUGAUGCAUUUUAUGCAUUGGUUUGCUUUGACACAAAAUGAUUAUAAAUUGAAUGGUUUCAAUGCAUUAUGUCAAAGACCACCACCAACUAUUCGUGAUAUAAUUGUUUGGAUUGAAUUUAUUCAAAGUGUCAUUACACCAUUACAUAAGAUGAAUUCAACUGCUAAACUAGAUUUAUUCAGUGCUUGUAUACAUGGUGCAUGUUUAGUCUUCUUGGAUGUGAUUGAUCAUGAUAGUGGGUGUAGCAGAAAAUCUAAAGAUGAUAAUCAUCAUUUCUAUUCGAAAGCAUUACGAUUUUUAAUUGAUCAAUUAUAUUCCAUAAAGAAUAAGGAUAUUUUAUUCAAACAAAUUCAAUUGUCAAUUCCAAAUUCCAGUAAUGAAAUGUAUGAUCGGUUUACAAAUGAUUUAGAUGAAAAAUUUAUAUUAGAGAAAAAUAAUGAAUUAUUUGGUUGUGAACCAUUUUUCAUAUCAACAGGUCCAUUUUUAAAUUCUUUCACAAAUACAAAUUUCAUUUUUGACGCUCCAACACCGGCAUCCAAUUUAAAACGUUUACUUAGAGCUAUGCAAUUACCUGGUAGAGCUUUACUGUUAGAAGGUAGUCCAGGUGUUGGAAAAACUACACUGGUUUUAGCUUUAGCUAAAGCAUCUGGUCAUAAAGUGAUACGUAUCAAUUUAUCUGAAGCAACUGAAGUUAGUGAUUUAUUUGGUUGUGAUCUUCCAGUGGAAGGUGCUGAAGCUGGUGUCUUCGCAUGGAAAUCUGGUCCAUUUUUACAAGGUCUAUGUGAAGGUCAUUGGAUUAUAUUAGAUGAAAUGAAUUUAGCUUCACAAUCUGUACUAGAAUCAUUAAAUGCUUGCUUAGAUCAUCGUGGUGAAAUAUUCAUACCGGAAUUAAAUGCUACAUUUCAUGUCAAUACACAAACUACACGUUUAUUUGCUUGUCAAAAUCCAUUACAUGAAGGUGGUGGUCGUAAAGGUUUGCCACGAUCAUUUUUAAAUCGUUUCACACAGGUUUAUAUGAAACCAUUGAGUAAAUCUGAUCAAGAAUUUAUAUUGAUUCAGUUAUAUCCUGAUAUACCAGUGAAUGUGAUUCAUUUAAUGGUUACUUUUAAUGAUUUGGUUAAUGAACAAAUUAACAUUCAACAUGAAUUCGGUAAUCAAGGUGGACCAUGGGAGUUUAAUUUACGUGAUUUAACUCGUUGGUGUGAUCUUUUAAUGAAAGGCAAAGAUUUUGAAGGUUUCAAUCCUGGUUUAUAUGUUCAUUUAUUGUAUACAGAUCGUAUGCGUACUAUACAAGAUAAACAAAAGAUGGUUAAUUUAUGGUCAACUGUAUGUAAUACAAUCUUGAAUAUGCCUGAAAUGUUCUAUUAUGAACCAUGUGGCGAUAUUCGUCUUUUUAAUAAAUCAACAAUGAUACAAUGUGGAUUGGCUAAUUUCAGUCAUCAUCAUCAGUCCAUCCAUAAUUCAAUGAUCAAUAAUCAUUUUGAACAUUUAAUCUUGAUGGAUUGUCAUCGAAGUGUAUUGGAGAGUUUUUUGAAAGUUAUUGAAAUGGGUUGGAUGGUUAUGUUGAAUGGUCCACCUGGAUGUGGCAAACGUACGCUAACUCAUUUAGCAUCAAUUCUACUGAAUCAAACUUUAUUAACAAUGUGUUUAUCACCUACAUCGGAUACAAUUGAAUUACUUGGUUCAUUGGAACAACGUGAAUCUGGUGGUUUAUUUGAAUGGAUUGAUAGUCCAUUAGUCAAGGGUAUUAUUCAUGGUUAUUGGGUACUGAUUGAAAAUGCACAAUUAUGCAGUCCUUCAGUACUUGAUCGUUUAAAUAGUCUUCUUGAACCAAACGGUGAAUUAUUACUUAGUGAACGUGGUCUCGAUGCAAAUGGUAAACUUGUCACAUUGAAAGCACAUCCUAAUUUUCGUUUAAUUUUAACUGUGGAUGAAUUGACCAGUGUUGGUGUCACUAGUUCCACCGGGAUAUCUCGUGCAAUGCGUAAUCGUGGCUUAGAAAUUUGUUUCACUGAGCCGAUUAUGCAAUCUCACAUUGAUUUAUUACGUGUAUUCACAUCGAUUCGCGUUCCUGAACACAUUAGUACACAUUUAAUACAAUUUCAUGCAUUUUAUGUUGAACUCUGUGAAAAUCCCGCAUUAUUCAUGGAAUUCCAUACCGAUUAUCAUGAUGAAAAAUUAAAAUUAUCAAGUCAUACUACUAACAAAUGUAAUAGUAGUAGUAGUACUACUACUACUGCAACACAACAAUAUUCCAUACAUUGUCAUCAAUUGAAAAAAAUUCCAAUUGGUGCUUUGAUUUCAGCUGGUUAUUUAGCUAAACAACUUUUACAAAAAGCAUACAGCAAUGAAACUGGACUUGAGAAUGAGGAGCAGGUGAAGAAAGGACAGGAAACACCGAAGACGGCGAAGAAUAAGAAGAAGGAGACUAAGAGAAGAAAAUUGCAAAAACUAACGAGUAGCGUGAAGGUGAACAAUGUUGAAGACAGCGGCGAUACUAUCACUGAAGGUAACGAUGAUGAUGAUGACGAUGGUAUGAAAAAGAGUGAAAUGAAUACAGAUGCAAUUUUGUUGCAUAUUUUACAAUUUACUUAUUGUCAACGUCAAAUGAAUGUCAAAUGUAUUGAGUUUGUCAAUCAUCUAAUUCAUUUCUAUGUGAAAAAUAUCACUGAUGAUCACCAUCCUCCUCUACAUCAACGCAUGACAUCAGUUCAACUACCAAAUUAUUAUUUACAACAUACUAUUAAAGAAAUUAUUCAACAAAAUCAAUCUGCACAAAAUUAUCGUCAUUCAUAUGUGAAUUUAAUAAAUUUAACAUUAAAACAAUAUUAUGACAAUAAACCAUUGAACAUUGAUAUGCGUUUAAUGAUUCAACGUAUUUUAUUUGAACAAGCUAAUUUAACUGAUAUACAAUUCUUAAUACAACCAGAUGAAUUAGGGAAAAUACUAAUUCCACUCAAUAGUGAAUCCAAUAUGAGUAGAAUGCCGCAAAUAUGCACUGAUUGGUCAGAUUGGCCUGAUCUACGUUGGACACCUGGAUGGAAACAUUUGAUUGGUUCAUUGGAUAUUGAAUCAGAUAAAUUGAUUAAUGAAUGGAAUAAAAAAUACUACUUAUUAUUAAUUCAUGAAUUAAUUCAAUCCACUGAACAAUACAUCAGUGAUUCGUCAUCAUUGUUUCAUAAAAAUCAAUCAUAUUCCUUAUCAAAAUCAUCUGAUCUCAGUCGAAUACCUGUAUUGAAAAUUAAUAAAUUGCAUAAGGAAACUAAUUUUCCAUCUGCUUGGUUAGAUAACUACUCCAAUUUAUCUAAUCUACAUGAAAAAUGGUUUGCAUAUUUAAUAAAUUUAGCCGAUCAAUACUCAACUAUUAUUCCGUCUGCACAAAAUUCCACUAAUUUCUUGUCAAUGUUAUAUACGGAAUGGAUUAGUAAAGCAUGGAUUUGGUUACGUUUAUUUGGUUCACGUGUACUAGGUGAUUCAUUUGAUUGGUUUGAACGUUUCACAUUUUAUAAUCAAUAUAUUGUCGAUGUUAAUCAUAAUAGUAAUAGUGAUAGUCAGUAUUUAACAUUACCGAAUUUGACUAUGAUUUCGCGGUAUAUUCAAACAAAAUCACCUUUAUUCAAUGUGAUCAAUGAUCGACGAGUACAAUUGAAUUGUAUCUCAGUGGAUUGGUUACAAUUUGGUCAAGUGAUUAAUGAAUUUUUGUCAAGAUUCCAUGCAGAAUUACUGUCGACUAGAAUUGAUGAUGUUGGAGACGGCAAGAUGGAUGAUGUCGAAGCUGAUGAGGAGGAGGAUGAUACUGAUGCGAUUGAUUGUAAUAAUAAUUACAGGGAUGAUGACAAUUCUGAUGUUGAUGAUGACGUCACCAACAUGAUGAAAUUUUAUUGUUUAUGGCCAUGGACAAUGAUUUUAUUGUCGAAAUUGGUGGAAAUCAAUUUAGAUGCUGAUGAUGACGAUGAUGUUAGUAACCAUCAAAACUCUGCUGAAUCUAUACGAAUUUACAUACGUACCAAUUUGUUGACAUUGAAUCGACCGCAAUUACUGGCUUGUUUAUCAAUGACAAGUCAGUGUUUUUUUAAAAAUCGAAAUUUUACUGAACAACUACGUGUUGCGCAACAGUUGUUUCAAGAAUUCAAUAUCUCUUCAAUCGAUAAUGAUAAUAAUAGCAUUACUAAUAAUGAUAAUAUUGCCUCGAUGUUUUUAACAUUUGCAUUGAAAAAGUUAGAUUGGAAUCUUGCAAACCAGUUGUUGAAUUAUCAUUCAAUAAAUCAACCGGAUAUUUUAGGUGAAUGGCGUUCAAUAAGUCAUGCACUUGUUCAUAUCACAUGGCCAAUGUUAUAUGAUUAUGGUAAUUAUGCAUAUGCCGGGAAAUUAUCCAUAUCUCAAUGGCGUUAUCGUCAAGAAAUUUUACAAAAAGCUAAUCAUUUAUUAUAUCUCAGUCCAAACAAACAUAAAACAAUCAAUCAGCGUAGUAGUAGUAGCAAUAGUAAUAGUAGUAGUACGGAUGAAUUAUUACAAUCUAAUAAGUUCCAUUUAAUCGUACAACAAACUUACAAUAUUCUACAUGGAAUCUAUCAAGCUGUCAAUUCAACAAAGUCAUCUGUCAAUUUACAAAAUCAUAAUAAUACAAAUGACGAUCCACCACUUCAUCAUUCUAUCACUUCAAUUGAUGCUAAUCUACCAGAAUUACUUGAUUGGAUUCAUACAAUUUUCAAGCCAUUUUUAACUUCAUUCAAAUUAUCUAUAACUAAGGAUCAAUCAACAAUGACAGAUUGGUAUCGUAUUUUGUGUUUAAUUGAAUUAUUGAUUACUAAUUUGGAACAACUAUCUUCAUCAUCGUCAUCAUCUUCAUCGUCAUCAUCAGUAGUAUCUCAUGAACAAACCAAUCACUGUGUUGAUAAAAAUAAUGAGAUUGAUGAUGUUGUUAUACGUUCGAAAUUGAUGCUAUCUAAUUGUUGGCUUAUAAUUGGUUGUUUAUAUAUUCGUUGUCAUUGUCCAUAUAGUCCAUUGGAUCCGUAUAUUGUUGUACAAGUUGAAGAAGAAGCUGUCAGAUAUGAGAUGAAAUCCAUUACUAAUGAAUUAGAAUUUCGUGAAAAUAUGCAAAAAAUUGCCACCGGUUCAUCGAAUCAUCAUCAUUCAUUAUUAUUACCACCUUUGAUUCAUACAAAUCCAUUAGAUAUCAAUGGACAUGUAGAUUGUGGCCUAUUACAUCCAUGGUUAGGCGUACUUGUUAAUCGACAACAAUAUCUUGUACAAAAAGCUGACACGUUGAAACAACAAUUAGGAGGUGACAGCGUUUGUUUAGCAGCUGUUACACGUCAAAAUUCUAAUUUUGAAUAUGUUGAAAUUCGUCGACGUAUUACAUCAUUUAUUACUGAUUUUACUGAAGAUUACCUCUUGGUACAUUGUUCCUUUGCUGAUAUUAAGAACAAUAAUAAUAGUUACGAUAUUGAAACUAUUAAACAGUCAAUUGAUUUACAAAAAAUUCAUCAUUGGAUUGAAAUGACAUCACAGCUUGGUGAUUGGUUAACUGUACCGAAACGUUUAAAUACUUAUGCUGAUAUUAUUACACCAUUUUUGUACGGAUUAUUUUAUAUCUAUCGAGGUCUACGUAUUCUAUUCCAUGAGAUAAUUGUACAAACAAAUUCAUUGAAUCUCACCAUAUCUUCAAUGAUAACAAAUUUAGUAACUAGUCUAUUGCCAAACACACUGAAUCAAUCGCAUCCCAAUUUCCGACCGAUUCAUAUCAAUAAUCAUGGUCAGUGUUUAUCUCGACCAAUAUCACUUGCAUUAGAAUUAGUCAAUGGUGGUAAAUCAAGACGUUUCAUUGAACAAUUAAUGAAUACCAUAAAACAAUCGACUUUAUUGUCUUCGACUAAUAAUAAUAGUAGCACAGUGGAUGUUUUGCUGCAUAAAACACAAGAAAUACAAUUUCGAAUCAGUUCAUUCAUAUUGAAUUUGUUAUGGUUACAUCAUGCCGAGAAUAAUACUAAUAAUAAUAAUAUUAACGGUACUCAUCAUCAUCCAUCUUCUUAUGGGAAUAAAACUAAUCAUCAAUUAAUUGGUCGUAUAUUAAAUUCCAUUCUCCUACCAUUACAUUAUCAUUGGAAACAAAUUGAACACGAACGUAAACAACUUGCUCAAUUCCGUGCUAGUUUAUUCUUAGAAGCUGAUCGUCGUAAACAAUUAGCACGUAAUAAUUUACAAGGAAUAAAUCAGCACAAAAAACAUCAUGAACGAUCAACAUCCCCAGAUGUAUUGGUUGAUCCUUUAUUAAAUGAGGAGAUUGAUUGGCGUUUACGAUUUACUGAAAUUGGUUCAUUGAAUGCUUUCAAAGAAUUGGGUGUCAAUCAUCAUUUCGGUGUACAAAUUUGUGAAAAUUAUGAAAAAGAAAAAGAAAUUCAACAGACUGUUGUUAAAUUAGAAGCAAUCGAUAAUUGGUUGAAAAGUGCAUUGAACAACAAUUCUGGGAAAUAUUGGAUCCCUGAAGAAAAUGAACUCAUUUAUUUUAUAAAUCGUUUAGUUUAUUUAUUAUUAUCAAUAAAUUUUAAUUCAACAUCAUCACUACCAAUGAAUAAACAACAUUAUUCUCCUCAAUCAGUAAUUGAUAUAAGUAGUAUAUUCUCAUGGCAUUGGCAUACAGUUCUGUAUGGUUUCAAUUUAGCUAGUUGGUUAUUAAUUGAAUCGAAAUUAAGUUUAGAUCCCAAUAUUGAUCAGUUGACCAGUUUGCCUUAUAUCGGUAUCACUGCUUAUAUGGGCCAAUAUGAUAUACGAGCUAAUCCUAUAUUACCAAUCAAUAAUUCAUUGAAAUCUUCUUCGACAACCUCUCUCACUUUUCAUUAUAAUACAAAAUCACAUUGUUACAAUGUUUAUCGUGAUCCAAUUCCAUUGGAAGAGGCUGAGAAACUCAAUGUCAUAAUGAGAAAAUUGGAGAAACGAAUUAAACAUAUCCUUGUUGAAUGGCCUGGUCAACCGAGUUUAUUACGUCUACUGGUUCUAAUUCAUCGUAUUGAAUCUUUCACUGUAUCGGAUCCAUUGAUAAAAUUUGUUACUGGCAUUGAAAUGCUUUGGCAAGUAAUACAAGAAUGGGAACGUGAUGCAGCUAAACAUGUUUCACUUAUCGAAUCAAAUAAAGAUGUAUGCGAUCUAUUAGUGAGUUGGCGUAAAAUGGAAUUAAGUUACUGGUUAGCUACAUUAGAUUCAGCUGAAAUACAAAUUAGUAAUCGUUGCGUUACAUUAUGGUUUCAUUUAUAUGAUUUAUUUCUACGUCCUGGUAGUUAUAGUCAGCAAUUAAAAUCUUCCAAUCCUAUCAUUAAACCAUCAUCAUCAUGUAAAGUAGGCAGUUUAAAAAAUCCCUCUAAUGCUGCGCUUGACGGUGGCGGUGAUCAUGCUGAUCAUGCGAAUAAUGAACGAUUACAAUUGGAAAUCGAUCGAUUCGAUGCCUUGAUUGAUUUAUUUGAAAAAGGACCAAUUGGUGAAUUUCGAUCACGUUGGAAAUUAGUUGCAUCAAUUUAUGCUGCAUUAAAUAUAUGGCCUGGUUUAAAUGAAACAGAACGUGCUUCAUCUAAACGUAUUGUUGGUAAUGCAGUAUGGUUUUAUGCACAAUUUCUACCAUGUAUCACUGAAGAAUUGAAUAAUUUACGACAUCCAAUUGAAAAAGAAUUAAAGGGUCUUGUGAAUAUCACUAAAUGGGGUCAUUAUUCACGUUUCUGGUCAGUUAAAACUACUGUAGAUCGUUGUAAAAAAUCAAUUCAUAAACAUGUUAAAAAUUGGGAAUCUAUUCUACAACGACCAGUUCGUCCAUUAUUUGAAAAUGCUAUUAAAAUGUCAAAUUAUGUUAAAUUAAUACCUCAUCAUAACAACAACAGUGAUACUACUACUACUACUGAUCGUUUAUAUUCAAAUUCAUUAUUCAAUUGUGAAGAAUUGUUAAAUUUACCAAUGAUAUUAAAAUAUUGUUCAUUUAAUAAAUCAUUUACUUAUUUAAAACAAAUCUAUGGUGAUUUUAAUGAGCAUCACCAAUCUGAUUGUAUAAUACAUUUAAAACGUUUACCAUCCAUUAUAAAAUGCUUGCAUAAACAUCUUUCUAACAUUAUUCAUGAAUCACCAAUUAUUGAAUGGAUAAACUCUCUGCAAUCUGGUCUACAUAAAUGGAUUGAUUAUGUGCAUGAAUUAGCUAGACAAACUGAUCGAUUAAACGCUACUUGUCCUAAUCAUAAUCAACUUGCUAAAUUACAUCACUCCAAAUUGGCUAAAACUAAAUUGUCGAAACGAAAUAAUCGAAAAACUGGAAAUGAUUAUGAUGGGGAGGAAGUCGAUGUGGAUGGUGAUGAAGAGGAAUUGAAGAAAACACGUCAAUGGUAUCAAGAGUUUACCGCGUUGCAACAACGUAAACGUUUAGCAUUAACGGAUUGGUUAAAAAUUGCCAUGUUGAAACGGUCAUCAAAUGUUGAUAAUAAUCAACUAUCGGAUAUAUCGAAUUCAACAGUACAAUCAACAGAUUCAUUGAAUCCCAUUGAAUUAAUGAAUGGUCAUGACGAUGAUGAUGAUGAUGAUGAGGCUGGAGAAGAGAACAUUGAAUCUUUUUCUUCAAAUCUUGAUCCUAAUUCUAAUCGCAAUAACAAUGACGAUGAAGAUUGUUUAUUGGACACAUUGAAUUUACCAAAUCUUGGUUUAUCUUAUCGUCGUGGACAACGACAAACACAAACUGGUCAUAUGAAUCAAUUUCUUGUUCAGUUAAAUGGUGAUCCAUGGAGUUAUGUCAAUCAAUUUAUCGAUCAAAAUGUCAAUAUGAUCAAUACCGAUUCUGAAGAAUAUUUCCUACAUAGUGUAUGCAAUCGUCUAGCUCGAUUAAUUGCAUUACGUUCUAGUCUACCAAGUGUUCCUGGUGGACGAUCAACUGAUGGUAGUGAUGUUGACGCGAAUACAAGUCAAGCAAUCUUGCAUGAAAUUGGUGGACCAAAUAAUUUCACUCGAUUAAUUGGCUUAAUGAAUGAUUUAUUAAAUCAAUGUACUGUUGAAUUUAAAGUAUGCAGUGAAUACACAGCAAAUUGUCAUAAAAUCAAUCAGUUAAUUAAAGAAUAUGCAAAUAGUUUCAAUGUUCCAACCAUGAUGAUGACGUUAUCUAAUAAUGAUCAACAGUCGAUGAAUGAGGAUAAAGAAAUUGUUCCAUGUUAUAUAAGUUAUGCUUUGGAUUCGAGUAGAUUAAAAGGAAUUCGUAUAUCAACUCAAAAUUUAGAUCAAAUUAUACGUGAACAUUUAUAUCAAUGGAAUAUAUUUUGGAUAGUUUUUCAAAAACAAACUAUAAAUGAACCAUUCAACAUGUCAAAAUUAUCAUGUCUAUUCGGUUCAGAGAAUUGGUCAUGGUUAUUAACAAGUAAACAAUCCGAUCUGUCAACAUGGAUGAUGGAAAAUGCCAAACAAUUGAUGGGUAUCACUGAACCAUAUAUGGAACCAUUGAAAUCAGCGUUCACCAAUAUACUAACACAUACAUCAUACAUUAAUCAGUUGAAUACAUUCCUAUGGAAUCAUGCUUUACAUGAAGCUUAUGAAAAGUUGUCAUCAUGCAUGUUACAUUUACACGAGGUGUUGAAUUCUCUAUUGAAUUCAUAUAAAAAAUGUCAUUGUGUUGUAUUAUUUAAUUCUGUAUUUGAAUUAUUAAAACAACAGAUCAAUGUUGAAUGGGAUAAAAUUCAAGCGGAAUUAAACGCUAUAUCCUGUAAUAGGAUUAUUGAUGGUGGUAAGGAUCCAUUAAUCUUUUACGCAACUAAUGAUAAUACUACUGAUAAUAACAAUUUGAGUAGUAUAAAUAGUAACACUAAAAGACCAGAUGUGAAAUUUGAACAAUUAACCAAUCGGUGUAUUCAUUCCAUACUGAAAACUAUUGAAAUUCUACAUAGUUUAGAUCAAAUCUCUGAUAAAAAUGAUCAAUUAACUUUAUUACAUCAUUAUUCCAGAAGGAUUUCAACGUUGUUAUUAUCAUCGAAAUUACCUCAACUAUAUCGAUGUCUAUGGAAUAUGCGUUGUUGUAUUAUGUUACAACAGUCGAAUUCUUCUUUAUGCCCCCCAAAUGAUGAUCAUUAUGUGAUUGUACAAUCAAGGCUAAUUAUUAUUCAAUGUAUCUAUCCAUUAAUGAAUGGUUUAUCUAAAGCAUUACAUAUACGUUGUAUACAAUUUUGGCAUUUAUUAAAUUCAUGGUUAAAAUUAGGUGAAUUUGCUAUGCAAAUUACCGGACGUAUUAUCACGGAAGGAUUUUGUCGUCCAGUUAAUUUGGCUAGAGAUAAUCAACUCACAACGAAUGGUCAGAAUGAUAACUCUUCAAGAUCGGGUACUGAUGAUGGCCAGUCGACAGGUGCAGAUGAUUCUAGCGGCGGUACAAGUUUAACAUCGACUACAAACAAUGCAUUAGGUGCUAAAGAUGUGAGCAAUGAAAUAGAAUGUCAUGAACAAAUUGAAGGUUUGUUGAAUGAUCGUAAACAGCAACAACAACAACAAGCACAUGAUAAUCAACAAACACCCGAGGACGUGGAAGGUAUUGAAAUGCCAGAUGAUGAUUUCCAAGGUCAAUAUGAUGAUCCUAAUAUGGAGAAUUGUGAUGUUGAUCAGGAAGAGGAUGCAGAACAAAUGGAACAAGAGAAUUUUGAUGAUAAAAUGGGUGAUUUAGAUGAUGGACAGACGAAUAAUCAUGAAGAUUUAGCUAAAGAAAUGUGGGCAUCUGAAAAAAAGGGGGGCGAAUUUGAAAGAGGCGAUGAACAUACUACUGAAAAUUCUGAAAAUAUUCAAGUAUUUCCUUAUCAUGGAAGUGGUACACAAGAUUUAAAUACUAAUGAUACUGAUCAAACAAAUGCUUUCGGUGGAGAUGAACUGAACAAUCCACAAGAGGAUGAUAAAACGGACAUCAAUAAUAAUAAUAAUAUCGAUUCUAUUGAUGAUGCUGAUCACAAUCCUCCGCCUGCACAAUAUGGCAAUCAAUCGAAUCAAGGAAAUAGUUUCGGUGAAAAAUAUACAACUUCAUUUAGCGAGUCUAAUACUACUACUACUACUACUUGUGAAAUGAAUUCACAACAACAACCACAACAACACAGUCAACAGGCGCGGAAAAAGAAUCCCAACAAUUCUGGUCCAAAACCAACAUCAAACAAUAGAAGUUUAUCGAAUCAACAAAAAUCAAUAACUAAGGGCGAAACUGUUGAAGUAGACAUGGAGCAUUCAACCAACCAACCAGAACAACAACAACAACCUGACUCCAUGUUAAAUAAUCAACAUUCGGAAUUAUUUCAACAUUUACCAAAUUCUGAAAAUUUAACAAAUGAUGCUGAUGUGAAUGAUUUUCCAUGUGUUCGUGAUUCAGCUACAUUAGAUCAAGCUGAACAACAACAGCGACAACAACAGCUGAACCAAUCUACAACCGGUGAUGGUGAUGCAGAGAUGCAGAAUGAUAUUGGAUUAGAACAGGACAAUGAGGGUGGUGAUGAUGAGAACGAGAAUGGAAAAGUGCCAACAUCUGAAUUAGAGCAAACUGAUACUCCAAUAAAUGUAUUACCAUCUCAACAAAAUCAACAAUGUAAACCUUUUAAAAAAGGCAAUCAAGUACCCGGUUCCACUGAAACAAUGGAAUCGGAUCCAACAGCAGAGUCGGUGUUAACUUCAAGCGCACAAAGACCACCGGAAUCAAUUAGUUGUACACGAACUGAAGUUUUGCUUCAACCAAUUGAUGUCAAUAUGUCGACAGAGAUGUCAACAAAUAUAGAAAUUUUAGAAAAUAAAUUUACCGAAACAACACUUGAAAAUUGUCUUGAUUGGUCAUUUUAUUGUCAACGAUCAAGUAGUUUAUCACGUCAGUUAUGUGAAGCACUUCGUUUAGUAUUGGAACCAACUAAAGCUUCACGUUUACGUGGGGAUUAUCGUACUGGAAAACGUAUUAAUAUGAGAAAGAUUAUACCAUAUUUAGCAAGUCAUUUUCGUAAAGAUAAAAUUUGGUUACGUCGUGCACAACCAAGUCAACGUGAAUAUCGUAUUCUAAUUGCUGUGGAUGAUUCAUCAUCAAUGUCUGAAAAUCUUUGUAAACAAAUGACAUUUGAAUCAUUGACAACAGUAAUUACAGCAUUGAAUCUAUUAGAAGUUGGUCGAAUUGGUGUUUGCAGUUUCGGUGAAUCUGUACGUGUACUGCAUGAUUUAAAAGAUCCAUGGCAAACAGAUGCUGGUCCACGUGUAUUAAGUCAAUUCACUUUUGAACAAUCGAAAACAUCACUUGUUCAACUAUUGAAAUCUACUAUUCAUUUGAUGAAUUCAACUGGUUACAUGAAUUCUACGAGUAAUACUACUAUUCCUAGUCAAUUAUUACUUAUUCUAUCGGAUGGUGUCUUCUCAGAAGAUCCACAAAGUCCAUCACUACAAGCCGCUGUUCGAUUGGCACGUGAUUCUCACAUUUUCCCUGUUUGUCUUAUUCUAGAUGAUGUUCGAAAAAAACAUUCCAUAUUUGAUCUUCGACGUUAUUGUGGUUCGGGUAAACUACAACCAUACAUGGAUGUAUUUCCGUUGCCAUAUUAUUUAGUGUUGAGAGAUUUAGCCAAUCUACCAAAUCUACUUGCUGAUGCUUUAAGACAAUGGUUUGAAUUGGAAUCAUCAUUUGGACGUUAACAUGUGCGUAGGUGUGUGUACGUGCGUAAGUGUGGGUGUGUGUGCAGAGUCGAACUCCAAUGACUCCUUUAGUGCCACUUGCACGCCUUUCUUGUCUGUACAAAUUUGUACAAAAUAACUAACUCUCUGUGUGUGUUUUUUCGACUGUCAUUUGAUUUGUACAAAGGAAAAAUUCAUAACACAGAUUACUUUACUCUUAUUACUUGUAUGCAUUAAAUUUAAAUUAUUUUUUGACCUUUUUUUGUGUGAGAGAGACAGAAAGACAGAUAAUACAAUACAAAUGAAAAUGUGUACAAAUAAAUGACUAAUUUUACGUAUAUUAAAUGGA